UCCUUCCAUGCACUCGCUUUCAACUUUUGUCUGUAAAUGACCCUGUAAGUGACCAGGCAAUAACCUUUUAGUGGUGCUAAUACCUGUCAAAACCUGUUGAUUUUUUGCAAGAACCAUCAAAAUUCCAUCAAUAAUCAAUAUUCUUUAUUUUUUACACAAUAACAACAACAAUAGAUCAGAUCUGAUCUCUAUCAGAAAUUCUACAGUCAAUAAUUUACAACAAUAAUGAACCAGAAGGAUCGUCAAAGAAUUGAUUUAUCCUGCGAGAAAAUCGCACGUGAGGUGGACAUGAACAUCUUAUUGUUCAAAUUACUAGAGAACAGAAUAUUUAAUUUCGACGAUUGUAACAUCUCCGCCUGGAAAGAAAAUUUAAACAAUAAUGAAACAAAGAAACAUAUAGUUUUAUGCAUCAAAACACGAGGACCGUAUGCUUUCAAAAAUUUUCUAACAAGUUUGGAACAAUGCGGUUAUAACGAUUUGGCAACAAAUUUAAGCCAAUUGGAUAUCGAUUCAAACAUUCCAACACAGGAGAGAAUUGAUUUUGAGGAAAAUGCCACAUCUUCAAUAAUUGAUACUCCUUACGAAGAAAAUUCAAAUGACUAUGACUCACCCAAUAGUUUCAUAUAUCAGGAAGAACCAUUGCAAAUUGUCCUGAAAAAAUCAAAAUCAUUUCUAGAUGUACCAAUGGCAGGAAAAAAGGAUUUGGAGAAAUACAUAAUGCGAAGUAAACCACGCGGAUUAGUUUUGAUUGUUUGCAUCAUCGAAUAUAGAAUUUUAGAAUCUAGAGAAAGUGCAAAAUACGAUAAAGUUAAUUUGAAAAAACUUUUUGAAGAAAUGGGCUUUGAUGUCACUGUCACUCCGGAGUAUUUGGAAAGAAAAGAUUUGAGAAAAAUUAUUCAAAAUUUCGCGAAAAGAAAGGAAUUUUUAAAUGUUGACUCCUGUUUUGUAAUAUUUUCUUGUCACGGAAUUGAGGCUGGAAAACGUUGGGAUGCAGAAGUGCAAACAAGUGAAUGGUCUGAACACUCACAAGUACAGAAAGAAAAACUCUAUUGUUCAGAAAUUAUUGAAUAUUUUAGUUCGACGAAUUGCCCAUCGUUGAAAGGAAAACCAAAAGUUUUCAUGUUCCAAAUGUGCAGGGGAGACAAACACCAAUUUUCGGUACCUUUUUCUAAAUUCGCCACUGAUGGAAAACCAAUAUAUCAAAGUGAAGAAGGCAAUGACGAUUCAAUUAGAGGUGUAGAAGGCAAUGAUAAUACUAAUGAAAGUGACAUAUUGCACAGAAAUUAUGAGGAUACAUUAAUUGUUCACUCUACAGUUCCUGGACAUUACUCAUAUAGAGACACAUGUACCGGUGCUUGGUUCAUUCAAAUACUAUGCAAAGUUUUCAUGAGAGAGGCGUACCACAAACAUUUGAAGGAUCUCAUAGACAGAGUUGACCAAGAAGUGAAACGUUUAAGAACUGAACAUAAAAUGUGUCAAACAAUUAUCACUACCAGUAUGGGUUUCUACAAGUUAUGUUACUUAAAUCCUGGAUACUUUGGGGAUAAUAAAUAAAUCAGUGAAUUUCUCUUAUUUACCAAAGAGAGCAACAAAAAAACAGUGUUGUGAAUAAAUUUCAA